CACCGAUCACAGAAACAGCCGAAGAUGUCAUGUGAUCAGCUGUGUCCAAUCACAGCUGAUCACAUGGGGCAUGUACACUGAUCAUCAGGGCACUAAUGAUCAGUGUGCCCUGAUGAUCAGUGUAGCCCCAGCAGUGCCACCUGUCAGUGUCCAUCAGUGCCUUAUGUCAGUGCCUUGUGCCAGUGCCCAUCAGUGCCACAUCAGUGCCACAUAUCAGUGCCUACCAGUGCACAUCAAUGCCGCAUAUCAGUGCCCAUCUGAGCUGCCUUUCAGUGUCACCCAUCAGUGCCAGUCAGUGCCACCUAUCAAUGCCAAUCAGUGCCACCUAUCAGUGCUGCCAAUCAGUGCCAAUCAGUGCCGCCUAUCAGUGCCAGUCAGUGCCGCCUAACAGUGCCAGUCAGUGCCGCCUAACAGUGCCAGUCAGUGCUGCCUAUCAGUGCCAUAUAUCAGUGUCAUGUAUCAGUGCUGCCUUUCAGUGCCCAUCAGUGAUGCCUGUCAAUGCCCAUCAGUGCAGCCUAUCAGUGCCCAUCAGUGCAGCCUCAUUAGCGCACAUCAGUGAAGGAGAAAAAUCACUUAUUUACAAAAUUUUAUAACAAAAACUAAGAAAAAACAUUUUUUUUUUUCAAAAUUUUCAGUGACUUUUGGUUUGUUUAAGAAAAAAUAA